GAGGACGAGGACCCGUCGCCCGCCAUGCCGAGCGGCGGAGGGGGCUGCCUGCCCCCGAUGGAUCUGAUGCGGUCCGAGGAGAUGCAGCUCCUGCAGGUCAUCAUCCCCACCGAGUCCGCGCACCUCGCCGUCUCCAACCUCGGCGACCUCGGCCUCAUCCAGUUCAAAGACCUCAAUGCAGACAAGAGCCCGUUUCAACGGACAUUCGCUGCCCAGAUCAAAAGGACUGGUGAGAUGGCUCGCAAACUCAGGUUCUUUAAGGACCAGAUGUCCAAAGCUGGCAUACAAGCUUCUCCCCUGCAAUCAACCGAAACUCCUCUGGAUUUCGAUGACAUGGAGAUAAAGCUUGGAGAACUGGAAGCUGAGCUAAUUGAAGUUAAUGCAAACGAUGAGAAGUUACAACGCACCUACAACGAGCUGCAGGAGUACAAUACUGUUCUUCAAAAGGCUGGUGAAUUUUUCUAUUCGGCUCAAAGAAGCGCUGCAGCACAACAGACUGAAUUGGGAGCAAAUCAGUCUGGCGAGACUUCACUGGAGAGUCCUCUGCUGGAGCAGGAUGUGUUAACAGAUGCAUCGAAACAAGUGAAACUUGGUUCUUUGAGUGGUCUUGUGCCAAAGGAAAAGGCAAUGGCUUUUGAACGUAUUUUAUUCCGUGCCACAAGGGGCAACAUUUUGCUCAGACAAGAGUCUGUUGAUGAACUUGUCACUGAUCCACAGUCCGGAGAAAAGGUUUCGAAAAAUACAUUUGUUGUAUUCUACUCUGGGGAGAGAGCAAAAGCCAAAAUUCUGAAGAUAUGUGAUGCUUUUCGUGCAAACCGUUACCCUUUUCCCGAAGACCUUUCUAAACAAAUGCAUACUAUUGCAGAGGUAUCUGGAAAGAUAAAGGAGUUGAAGGCAACAAUUGACAUGGGAGUGGCUCAUCGUAACACUAUACUUAAAUCUAUUGCAUCGGACUUUGAGCACUGGAACCAUGUGACAAAAAAGGAAAAAUCAAUUUACCACACUUUGAACAUGUUGAGCGUCGACGUGACGAAGAAAUGCUUAGUUGGUGAGGGCUGGAGCCCAGUUUUCGCAACUAGUCAGGUUCAGGAUGCGCUUCAGCGUGCUACUCUUGAGAGCAAAUCCCAAGUGGGCUCAAUUUUUCAAGUUCUUAACACAAAAGAAUCUCCUCCAACAUAUUUCCAGACAAACAAAUUUACUUCAGCCUUCCAGGAAAUUGUUGAUGCCUAUGGGGUAGCCAAGUAUCAAGAAGCAAAUCCUGGCGUAUUUACUGUUGUCACGUUUCCUUUCUUGUUCGCUGUCAUGUUUGGAGAUUGGGGGCAUGGAAUUUGCUUAUUACUUGCAACACUCUAUCUCAUAAUCCGGGAGAAGAAAUUUGCUUCACAGAAACUUGGAGAUAUAAUGGAGAUGAUGUUUGGAGGGCGCUAUAUCAUUAUGAUGAUGGCACUUUUCUCAAUCUACACAGGAUUUAUAUACAAUGAAUUUUUCUCAGUUCCAUUUGAGCUUUUCGCUAAAUCAGCCUACGCAUGCCGUGAUCCUUCUUGUGGUGAUGCUACUACUGAGGGAUUAAUUAAAGUAAGGCCAACAUACCCAUUUGGCGUGGACCCUGUGUGGCAUGGGAGUCGUAGCGAGCUGCCGUUUCUCAAUUCUCUGAAGAUGAAAAUGUCAAUUCUUCUUGGAGUUUCACAAAUGAACCUUGGAAUUAUGAUGAGUUACUUUAAUGCAAAAUUUUUCAGGAACAGUGUUAAUGUGUGGUGCCAAUUCGUUCCCCAGCUGCUCUUCUUGAACUGCCUAUUUGGCUAUCUGUCCAUGCUUAUCAUCAUUAAGUGGUGCACAGGGUCAAAAGCAGAUCUGUAUCAUGUGAUGAUAUAUAUGUUCCUCAGCCCCACAGAUGAUAUGGGAGAGAACGAGCUAUUUCCUCACCAGAAGUAUGUGCAGAUGCUUUUGCUUGUGUUUGCUCUGGUAGCUGUUCCAUGGAUGCUGUUUCCAAAGCCGUUAUUCUUGAAGAGAGAACAUGAGCGAAGACAUCAAGGACACCAGUACACCCCACUGGAAGGUGCAGACGAAUCUGUGGUAGCAGAGUUGGGGCAUCAUGAAGAGUCAAACCACCAUGAGGAGUUCGAGUUCAGUGAAGUUUUUGUCCACCAGCUGAUCCAUACAAUCGAGUUUGUUCUAGGUGCAGUGUCAAAUACUGCUUCAUAUCUUCGUCUCUGGGCUCUGAGUCUUGCACACUCAGAGUUGUCCACUGUGUUCUAUGACAAAGUACUUCUUCUCACGUUGGGGUACAACAACGUUAUCAUCCUUGCUAUUGGCGUCGUCAUCUUCAUCUUCGCCACUGUCGGUGUGUUGCUUGUUAUGGAGACCCUAAGCGCAUUCCUUCAUGCCUUGAGGCUCCAUUGGGUGGAGUACCAGAACAAGUUCUAUGAGGGUGAUGGUUACAAGUUCGCACCAUUUUCGUUCGCACUGAUCAGCGAUGAAGAAGAGUGAGCUCGUCCAAAUUCGUGUAUUUAUUGUAGCCUUUGUAUUGUUGGGGUGGCGUUUGUUGCCAGAACGAUCAUUAUUUGUCACAGACAAAUCAUAAAACUCCAGCCCCUUGUUCAGGCAAGGGACUCGCAGCAUCAUUUUUCUUUAGAUGUGGAUUACACGAAGGAUAGGAAUUUUUUUGUGUGGAGGGUUGGCAACAAAACUCUAGUGGCAUCACCCUUAUUUUGGUGUAAUGCUAAUAACGAGUUCUGCACUUGUGGUUGCCGUUUGGGCGCUGUGUAUUCUGGACAUAAAUAAGCAUGUAAUAAAAGGUUAUUUCCAUUGUGGUUGAUUGUCA